AGAUGAUUGUUCUAAUCAUCAGUGUCUCCUCCAGAUGAAUCCAGUCUGAGCCACGUCAUGGACAAACCGAGCCGAGUGUGUCGACCGCAGCGCAUCAGCGAGUCCUCCAAGGUGUUCCGGUGGUCCGAUCAGGCUGCAGAGCUGCUGCAGGGCCUCGACCAGCAGCGACAGCUCAGCGUCUUCUGUGACGUGGUUCUGGUGGCAGACGACCAGCGGGUUCCGGCCCACCGAGCCCUGCUGGCCGUGUCCAGCCCGUAUUUCCACGCCAUGUUCACCCUGGGGAUGAAGGAGGAGCACCAGCAGGAGGUGGAGCUGGUGGGGAUGUCCUCCAUCGGUCUGAAGGCUGUCGUGGACUUCCUGUACAGCGGAGAGCUGCCGCUGGACGGAGGAAACAUCGACCACGUGCUGGAGGCUGCACACCUGCUGCAGGUGUGGCGGGUGGUGGACUUCUGCUGCCAGUACCUGGAGCGGGAGGUGAGCGAGGACAACUACCUGUACCUGCAGGAGCUGGCUGGGCUCUACAGCCUGGAGCGCCUGGACGUCUUCAUCGACCGCUUCAUCCUCGCUCGCUUCGCCACGCUGUCCUUCACCCCCGACUUCCUCCGAGACGUUCCUCUGCACAAGCUCAGCUCCUACCUCUGCAGCGGACAGAUCCAGCACGACAGCGAGCAGGCCCUCCUCCAGGCCGCCCUGCAGUGGCUCAGCCAGACGCCUGACCGGACCGCCCACGCCCGCCAGCUCCUCUCCCAUAUCCGCUUCCCCCUGAUGCCGGCGGGGGACCUGGUGGGCCGGGUGCUGCCGGCGAUCCGGGCCCUGCUGCCGGAGGAGGCCGGCUGUGAGGCGCUGGUGGAGGAGGCGCUGGGGUACCACGGCUGGCCCAGCGCUCAGCCGCUGCUGCAGACCGGCCGCACCACGCUGAGGGGCGGGGUGGAGCGGCUGCUGCUGAUUGGAGGAGAGGCGUCAGAGUGGGGGGAGGAGCUCAGCGCCAACGUGUGCCGGCUGGAUGGUGAAACAGGAAGUUGGGUUGUGGAGACGGAGCUGCCGGCCCGGCGGAGUCACCACUGCCUGGCGGUUCUGGGGGGCUUCAUCUUCGCCUCCGGGGGCAGCUCGUCCAGGGACAACGGUGGAGACGCUGCCUGUAACCUGCUGUACAGAUACGACCCCCGACACAACCAGUGGACCCGGGGAGCGCCGAUGAACCAGCGGCGGGUGGACUUCUACCUGGGGGCGGUGGGGGAGUGUCUGAUCGCUGUGGGAGGACGGAACGACACCGGAGCCCUGUCCUCUGUGGAGGUCUACUGUCCGGCUGAGGACUGCUGGUCCUACGUGGCUGGACUGCCCAGGUUCACUUACGGCCACGCUGGGACGGUCCACCGAGGCGUCGUCUACAUCUCUGGUGGUCACGACUACCAGAUCGGGCCGUACCGCCGAGACGUCCUGAGCUACGACCCGUCACGGGACGGCGACUUGUGGGUGGAGCGCCAGCCCAUGUCGCUGGCCCGCGGCUGGCACUGCAUGGCCUCCCUCGACCACCUCAUCUACGCCAUCGGAGGCAGCGACGACCACGAGGACACCACCGAGCGUUUCGACAUCCUGCAGGUGGAGUCGUACGACCCUCGCGGCAGCCAGUGGACCCGGGUGUCGCCACUGCUGCUGCCCAACAGCGAGGCGGGGCUGGCCGUGUGGGCGGGGCGGAUCUACGUGCUGGGCGGCUACAGCUGGGAGAGCAUGGCGUUCUCCAGAACCACGCAGGUGUUCGACCCGGACAAGGGCUCGUGGUCCAAAGGGCCCGACCUUCCCAAACGCAUUGCCGGCGCAUCGGCCUGCGUCUGCACCGUGAAGCCUCCGCCGACUGCAGUCUCGCCGGAGAAGAAGCAGAUCGGCCGAGGGGUGAAGGGGCGGUCACAUCCAACGUAGCAGCAGACAAACGGACUCCUGAGACCUUCAGCAGGACACCGGUGGGUUCUCGUCCUCAGCCAGAGGCAGAGCAGCUACAGGAACAGCAAAGUCAGCCCACAUGGUGACAUGAACAUCUGCUGCUUGGUCCUUCGUCUCUGGUGUCCUUCAGCAUUCAGGAGCCUCUCUGUGUUUGUAAAGCCAUAAACUAAGAGCUUGUCGCAGCAUCUCCA